CAAGCACGCACCCGUAUGUACGAGUCAAGCCACCCAUGCCACAUCCGCUCGUGCCACAUCUCGGCUACCGGCAAAUCAAUCCGCCUCCGCCAAUGCCACAUUCCGCCCAUAUAAAGUCCCUCGCUGGUCCGGUACCUCCUACAUCCGUGCCACACUCCUUUCUCUUCACCGAACCGCAACCACCAACAUGUCCCACACCCACACCUACCGCUACCGCCGCGCGGACCUGCGCAUCGACCUCGCGCUUGCGGGGUUCGGCGCCGACGUCGACGCGUACACGCGCCGCGCCCUCAGGUGGCACGACAAGACCACAGCGCACGCGCGCCGCCCCGAGUAUGUGCAGGAGCGCGUGCAGCACACCGGGCCGCGCCAGGAGCUCGUGCCGGGGCUGUACGUCGCGGCCUACGCGCCCUCGUCGGAGACGGCGGAGGGCGGAGAGGGCGGGGACGCGAAGCACACGUAUACGCACGUGAUCACCGUCACCCCCGCGCCCGCUCCCCCGUCCGCGGAGGGGGAGCGGGCGUUCACGUCCUUCACGAGCCUCUGCGGGACGCGGCACCUCGUCUUGCACCUCCCUGCCCCCCCGUCCCGCGCUCCCCUAGACCGCGCCGACACUCCAAAUGCCGGGGACGACACCGACACCGACACGGACGCGAACAAGAACAAUAGCAGGAACACUCACACGUCCCCCCCGAAGCUCACCCAGCCCCACCUCCGCGCCGCCCUCGACUUCCUCUCCCUCGCGCUCCCCUACCUCCCGCCGCACCUCUCGCCCUCCUCCUCGCACGCCCUCAAGUCCCCCGCCUCCGAUCAGGACAUCGAGGUAUUGAUCCGCGGCCCGCCACAACUCGCACUGGACUGCGCGGUGUCCUACCUCUCCUGGGCGAGCGCCAAGCCCGCGCGGGAGGUCAGGGCGUGUAUGCGCGAGGAGGGGAUGGGCGCGUGGGGCGGGGGCGUGCUGGAUCGGGAGGAGGAGGGGGAGGGGGAAUGUGGGGAUGGCUCGGCAUGA